GAGUGGACGCAAGAAGAAGAAGAAGAUAAACAUAGCCUACCUACCCUUGCUGUUUAAUUUCUAUCAGCUGACCAUAAAAGCAUAAUGGAUGAUCCAUGGAUGGAGUGUAUGGAUCACUGCAUUGCUGUGACUCAAGAGGCCGGAAAGAUGAUUCGCGAGGCGCUGCAGAAGGAUAUCUCCAUCAAGCAGAAGAGCUCCCCAGUCGACCUUGUCACCGAGACGGACCAGAAAGUGGAGAACCUCAUCAUCUCCUCCAUCAGAGAAAAGUACCCCACGCACAGUUUCAUAGGUGAGGAGUCGGUAGCAGCCGGUGCGCCCAGCAUCUUAACAGACGACCCCACAUGGAUCAUCGACCCCAUCGACGGCACCACCAACUUUGUACACAGGUUUCCCUUUGUCUCCGUAUCCAUCGGCUUCACAGUCAACAAAGAGAUAGAGUUCGGCAUAGUCUACAGCUGUAUAGAGGAUAAGAUGUACACGGCUCGGAAAGGUAAAGGAGCCUUCUGCAACGGGGUCCCCAUCAAAGUGUCCGGACAAAAAGAUAUCAGCCAGUCUCUGGUGCUGACGGAGAUGGGUUUCAAGCCUGAUCCCAAGAUCUUCAGAGCCAUGAUGGCUAACAUGGAGUCCAUACUCACCAUCCCUGUGCAUGGGAUCCGUGCCCCUGGCAGUGCGGCGGUCAACAUGUGCCUGGUAGCCAGUGGGGCAGCUGAUGCCUACUACCACAUGUUAGAAUACUAGUUAUAAACAUAUUAAAAAUAGUUUUAUUGAUUAACCCGUUAAUGCACGGUGUACCUCCAGUGGCGCGCUGUAAUAGCCAUUGAAAGUAGAGAUGUCCGAUAUUGGCUUUUUUGCCGAUAUCCGAUAUGCCGAUAUUGUCCAACUCUCAAUUUUUGAUUCCGAUAUCGGCCGAUACCAAUGCCCAUAUAUGUGGGUUGUUUUUCCUCAUAACAAAUUUUAGGUAACAUUACAAAUCUGCUGUUGUGGAACAAAAUAUGCUUAAUUUUAUUGUAAUGCCCCACUAGAUGCAUUCUCGAAUGCAACAAAGAUGCAAAAAUCCGAUACCGACAUUGACCGAUAUUACAUUUUAUGCUAUUAUCGGGCCGAUAACAUCUGUGGGCCGAUAAUAUCGGACAUCUCUAAUUAAAAGGUUAAGUACCAUAGUACUACAAUACCAUGACAUAACACAGAGCCAGUAGUAAUGCACUAUGACUUGGUCAUUGCCACUCUGGUAACAACAAAUUUAUAACACUGCGUCUUAACGGGUUAAUGAUGAUUAUGAUUUUGA